CUUUGUUCACCCCUUUAUUUUUCUCGUAUCCAGUUGCCUCCUCAAAUCAAGUGCAAGCGUGUCAUUGUAUUUUAUUUAUCCUUAUCACUGCUCCAUCCUAUAGUCAUGCUAGCAUCGCAAGAACGCACCGCCUACGAUGAUCGGCAGAGAUUGUUUCUACAAUCUCUUUUGUCUUACAAAAUUCUCGACGAAGACAAAGCCAUGGAACUUUAUCGCCGCGUUUGUCAACUGACAGAAAAGGAUCAGAUCGAUUUUGCCGAAUUCAUUGCAAGCAUCAACAAAGAGAUCAACGAAAUGGACAUUGCGAUACGUCGAUCGCAUAAUCAGCGCGACGGUCAACCGAUUCUAGCUUUGGUCAAUACAAAAGAAGACGAGAUCGCUCAAAUUGCUACUCACUACACAGCCAACGAGAUCAGCUACUUCCGACAACUGAUUGAAUUAAUCAUGAUGUCUGAUGAUGAGGAUUACGCGGUACAAUCGAUGACGGCUCUGCAGCUUGGACAAAAGAUGAAGCCUCUUCUUACACAAAAGGAAACAGAGGAAUUACUGGAUCGAUUCGUCGAAGAUGGCUGGCUGUACUUGACACCCACUGGUGUUUACACCAUGGACAACCGAGCGCUGCUAGAAUUACAAGCUUACUUGCGACAGCAAUUCGGUGAUGUAGUCAAAGAGUGUCUUAUGUGUUUUGAAGUGAUUACCAUGGGUGAGCGAUGCGAACUACAAAAUUGUUCAAGCAGAAUUCAUCGGCACUGUGCUGACGGUUAUUUCCGUACCGCCUCUUCUAUGGUUUGCCCCAUGUGCCAAACCCGAUGGUCAAGAUCCAAUACCUUUGGCAAAGGUUUACCGCCUUAAGGAACCUGAUGCCGAUUUUUAUCCAACACCAUUGUACCAUGAUAUAGCAUUGACAGAGAAGAAACAUUGGAAAAAGGGACAGAAACAAAAUAUCAACAUAGUAGG